GUCGUCUGUUCUCAAUCGGAGACGAGAUCCGAGGCAGAGUGCAGUCUCCCUUCCUUCUCUCUCUUCGUCUGCUUCGUCUUUCUGAUUGAUUUCUUCACCAAAUCGAGUACGUCAGGCCUCACCAUGAUGACCCCGAAAUCUCCUCACGCCGAUGCGCGAUUUUCUCGCUUAUCUGCAUCCAGUGCACCCAGUUCGAGGCAAACUCCUUUGCAGAUAAUACAUGUUAUUGCAAACUUCAUGAGAAUAUGGUCUGUUUACUCCUUGUAUCAUUAUCUAGCACAUCAUGGAGACAGUGUAGUGCCUUUCAUUUUCAGUUGCUUAGUUCCAGCUUCUGUUAUAUUCCUAGUUCUACAAAAACCUUGGCAAGGGAGGCCUUUAUCCAAUUCUCAGAUAAUACCAACUGUUAUUAAUGGUGGGAUUAUGGCAUUAUAUUUUGUAUUAUGGGGAAAAGGACUUCAAUCAUGCGGACCACUGAUUGCUCUACUAGCAGAGUAUGCAGGUGCUAUCCUUGGGAUCUUAUCUGCAGCAUUAUAUGGAUGGAAAGUAGAUAUUCGGAGAAAGGUGGGAGGACUGGUUGCAAUGCUGACUUCCUACUAUUUACUUUCAAGAGGGUGGGCUACAAGAACAAAUUCACCAUUUUAUAUCUUUGACAAAGAGUCACUGACACAGGCAAAACCAACUUUAGAACUCAAAGAAUUAGUGGCACCGAUUGCAGCUGGCAUUUUAUCAGCUUUGAGGAGGGUUAUCGCACGACGCAUAUCUCUCAAGAAUCAGCUUAAAAGGAGACUUCACACAAUGAGUGUUGCUUCUGCAACAUGCUUUCUUUUUCCUCUUGCCAUGUGGGACACAAUAUUAGGUUCAGCUUCUGAUAGUAUUGUUAAGUUUCAGUUUCCAAGCUGGGCAUACUUGAGUACAAUCUUCUUUGGAAUUAUUUUCAUAUUCUAUGCCGAUAACAUUGCUGAAGAAAGGCUGCAUCUUGUCUUUUCUUCUCCAAGGCAUCUAAUGAUUUCUGGAGUAUGCAUUAUUAUUAUGGAAAUCUUAUAUCUAAUGGAUUUUUCCCUUUUGGGUUUUGUGAUUUGUUCUUCAAUUUUGGCAUUCGGUAUUUUUGAAGCAACUUCACUUGGGAGAUUUAGAAGAGGUCCUCAAGAUUCUCAGCCUGGAUCAGAGGCAGAACUUCAAGAAAAUAUUCAGAUGUCUCCACUUCCAAGCUGAUGAUCUACUUUUUUUUGAUGAUGCUGAUUGUUGCCGCUCCCAGUUGACUGGAACUGAUCAAGUCCUUUUCAUUGAAUCGUGUACAAGCAGUGGGAAGAACUGAUGAGCUGACGAUGACAGGAGCAAGAAGUUUCAACUGGAAUCCUAUCAGACAAAAUAGACUGCUUUAUUUUUUCAAUGAUCAUGUGAUUCAAAUUCGAUGAGCUUGGACGUUUCUGAACAGUCGCAGAAUCUGGAAAUCUAUCGUGCUCUUUUUCUCC